AUUUGUACACUUUAUUCUACGAUCUAUAACAUCCCAAAACGAGCCAAACCAAGAAAUACCAAAUCUCCCAAAGAGAACCCACACCAAACCACUGGCACACCACCCAAACAUAUUCCACAUACCCCAAACUUCAAUAUGACAACUGACACAAUCCAAAUCCGCCGCAUGACACUCCCCGACAUCCCCUACAUGGCCCAGCUAGCCUCAACAACCUACUUCAACACACCCCUCAGCCAAUUCCUCAGUCCAUACCGCCACACCUACCCAGAAGACUUCACCCGAUACUUUGGCCACAGGAUCCGUGCCCGCUACUUCAAUCCCAGAUGCAUCGGCUUCGUUGCCGUCUCUGCCUCGAACCCGGGUCUACCAGUGGCAUAUGCGCAGUUCAUCCGACUGGGAAACGAUGAAGCAGCACGGAGACUCAUCGCAGCGCAGAGCUCCAUCUGGAAGACGUUAUGCCGGUGGUGCAUGACGGCUUGGGUAUGGAUUGAGAAUAUACUACGGCCGGAUCGGUCGGUGGAUUCUGAUGCGGUGGGGAGGCUUGAGAAGUCUGCUGAGGCGGAUGAUUUGCGAUUUUGGGGGUCGGAUGAGAUGAAGAGGUUGUAUGGGGAGAGGUGGCAUGCGCAGAGUGUGGUUGUUUCUGCGGACUGGAGGCGGAGAGGCAUUGGGAGGCGGUUGAUGGGGGAGGCUUUACGGCGGGCGCAGGAGGAUGGGGUUGUUGUUGGAUUGGAGGCGAGUGAGGAUGGGGAGAAGCUUUAUCGGAGUUUGGGGUUUGAGUUGAGAGGGAGGUUUUCUUUGCUUUUGGGUGGUGAGGCUGAGGGUGGGAUUAUGAUGUGGAGGCCGAAGGAGGGUUUAAAAUGCUGAUAUUGGAUACUUUCGUGGUAUACAUAAGUUCUACGGUGUUUUGUCGGUUAAGUGUUGUAGG